CUGGCUCUUGUUGACCGGUCGCUGACUUCUGCUCCUUGUGUCCCUUCGUGCGCAAGUUUCCACUACGGAUGCUAUGGCAGCAGAGAUCUCGUCAUACAAACUUCUUCCGCAGCAAACGCCGUUGUCAGUAGUCUACAUCUCUUCCUGCCUGACGUUGCUGGCGCUGGCCAUCUCGCACGAACGGUAACGCAAUCCAUCUUCCUGAUAUUUAUACUCCGGCCGAUCUCUGGGUCCUGAGAAUUGCUCCUUCGCUCGAACGGAUGAACAACCUCUUCUGUGCUGGCAUACCUAUCUCCGGGGUAUGUAAAUCUGCAGGCUAUUUUCUGAUCAUCGUUGCUAGUGUAUGACGAGAUGAGGCGAGAAUGCACCAAACACACGAGAACUAGUCGGCGGUCGCGGCUUCGCGUAAGCGUAACUCGGGAGGAAAGAUGUGCGGUGGCAAAUGCAAGUCUUGCGUUCGUGGGUGACCCCAACGGAUUUGGGGUACGAUGUGGGGUAGGUUGGGUAUAUGCACGCAUACGGGAGCGGAGAAAAAAAAAGAAAUGGCAGAGUCGAACGCCAGCGUUGGUAAGUGUACUAUAGGCGGUUAUCGUCGAGACGCCCUCUGCAAGACUCUGCUUACAUUGCGUAAGGAACUCGACGAUAUCGUCAGGCACCAAGGCAUUGCGCGCGUCGAUCACGCUGAGGUCAUACCUGUCGUGCUGGUGCACAGCUGUAGGCGCUCUCCUUAACGAUCCGUUGACUAGUGACAGCAGAUUUGACAUUUCAUCCGUACAUUCAUUCGGCUUGACGGUCUUCCAAGCCGUUGCAAAGCGAAGUGAGCUCAAUCAGUGAUCGCCGCAGAUGACAUGUGCUACCGCAUUUUGCAACGUUAUCCAACCAACCAGCCUUCGAAAUUAUGUCUGUAACGCCUUGUAACGCUGGCCUUCCCCAGGCGGGACGCCGGACUGCGUACAUCGGAGAAGCCGCGAGCCGACCACGCGUUCGGCGCUCCUCACUCACCUGGUCCACCGCCAGUCCGAGUCGUAAGGUGCGCUGGCACCCUGCUGUCUCACCUUCGCGUCUUCUGGGCAUCUCAAGCGCGUAUAUAAGCCUCCCCUGGUCUGCGUCAGAAUGGCCCUCCCCAAGCCGUAGCAGUUCAGUCUACGUCCCCUCCCCUUUUCUCCGGACCCCUUUUCUUUCUUGUUCCGUAGACACCUUCUUCUGACCGCCUGGACGCAGCGGUUUUAUCUAUCAACACACGAUGCUUUCUAGCAACAGAGGCCCGCGCCUCCUCCUCUCGGCGUUGGGCACGCUCCUCGCCGCCGCAUCCUCCGUCAGCGCGCUCGGAUCCAACUGCACAGCAGCCCUCGGCAGCGGGACUGCCGGGGCGAGCGACCCGUUCUGGCUUGAGAGCAUCAAGCACCAGGGCACGGCUCCGUUCAACCCCGACCCAAGCACUUACACCGUGUUCCGCAAUGUGAAGGACUACGGCGCGAAGGGCGAUGGCACCACGGACGACACGGCUGCUAUCAACACGGCCAUGACCGACGGGAACAGGUGUGGAAGCGCGUCCUGCGCGUCGUCAACGCUUACGCCCGCCAUCCUUUACUUCCCUGCUGGCACCUACGUUAUCUCGUCUGCUCUCGACCAGGCGUACUACACCCAGAUGAUCGGUGAUGCCCGCACCCCGCCUACGCUCAAGGCGAGCGCUGGUUUCACGGGCUUCGCUCUCAUCGAUGCGGACCCCUACAUCCCCGGUGGCAGCGGCGCCGAGUGGUAUGUCAACCAGGACAACUUCUACCGCUCGAUCCGCAACUUCGUCAUCGAUCUCACUGCCAUCCCCCCUUCUUCGGCGGUCAACGGCAUCCACUGGCAGGUCUCGCAGUCUACGUCAUUGUUCAACGUUAUCUUCAACAUGAGCGACGACCCUGCGACUGAGCACGUCGGUAUGUACAUGGAAAACGGCAGCGGUGGCUUCAUGGGAGACCUCGUGUUCAACGGUGGUAACAUCGCUGUCACUAUCGGUAACCAGCAAUUCACGGUUCGCAACUUGACGAUCAACAACGCUAAGCAAGCUAUCAGCGGUAUCUGGGACUGGGGCUUCACCUACCAGGGUGUCACGAUCAACAACUGCGGUGUCGGCUUCAACCUUACCACCGGUGGCAUGUCCAAGGACAACCAGACUGUCGGCUCUGAGCUCAUCAUCGACGCUGUCGUCACGAACACACCCACGUUCAUCCUCGACUCCUCGCCCGCUAACGGCGGCCUUACCGGCGGUUCGCUUGUCCUGAGCAACAUCCAGCUCACCAACGUCACCACCGCCGUUGGCGUCAUCGGCUCCACCGACGCCGUCCUCGCUGGCGGCAGCACCACGAUCGACAUCUGGGCGCAGGGCUUCACGUUCAGCGGCACUGGCGCCACCGGCACGUUCGUCCAGGACAAGGUCGCCGCCCCGGCGAAGGACAGCAGCCUGCUCGAUGGCUCGGGCCGCAUCUUCGGCAAGACGCACCCGCAAUACGAGUCUUACUCCGUCGACCAGAUUAUCAGCGUCAAGGACAACGGCGCCAAGGGUGACGGCACGACGGACGACACGAAGGCGCUGCAGGCCGUCUUCGACACGUACGCCGGCUGCAAGAUUAUCUUCUUCGAUGCGGGCGCGUACUACAUCACCAGCACGCUCAACAUCCCCGCUGGCACGCAGAUCGUCGGCGAGGCGUGGUCCACGAUUCUCGCUGGUGGCACUGCGUUCUCGGACAUGACCAACCCCACGGUUGCGGUCCAGGUCGGCAACUCAGGCGACACCGGUGUUAUGGAAUUCACGGACAUGCUGUUCUCGACCGUUGGUCCCUCGCCCGGUGUCAUCAUGGUGGAGUGGAACGUCCACGACCCCACUGGCCAGCAGGGUGCUGCGGGCAUGUGGGACACCCACUUCCGCUUCGGUGGUGCUACCGGUACGGCCAUGACGAGUAAGGAGUGCCCCCAGACCUCGCGCAACGACGCCUGCCAGGCCUCUUACCUCGGCCUUCACCUCACUUCCGGCUCGUCCGCCUACCUCGAGGGUACCUGGGUCUGGACGGCCGACCACGACCUCGACACGAACGAAUCGACGAACAUCACCGUCUUCUCCGGCCGCGGUAUCCUCUCCGAGUCCCAGGGCCCCGUCUGGAUGAUCGGCACCGCGUCUGAGCACGCCGCACUCUACCAGUACAACAUCGUGAACGCCAAGAACCACUGGAUCGGCUUCGCGCAGACCGAGACGCCGUACUACCAGCCUUCGCCCUCCGCGCCCGGCCCGUUCACGAGCAACAGCACGCUCAAUGACCCGACGUACUCCGGUACCGCCGACUCGGCGUGGGGCAUCAACAUCGUGGGCACGAGCGGCACGACGAUCUUCGGCGCGGGCCUGUACAGCUUCUUCUCCGACUGGGACCAGAGCUGUGUGCCGACUAUGAACUGCCAGGCUGGCGUGUUCAACAUCGACUCCAAGUCGUCCGUGAACGUCUACGGUCUCUCGACGCUCGGUAUUACCACCCAGCUCAACGUGGACGGUAACGCCGUUGUUGACGCUAAGCCCAACGUCGCGGGCUACCAGGAGACCAUGACCUACUGGGGCCCCGCCUCCUCGUAAGCCGUUACUUGCGGUGUUCGAGAGGCUCGCUUCGCGGUCCUGUUUUAUUAGGUAGUUAUUUAUAAUGAGUGAUUAUUUAUUCCACUACUAAGUAGAGCGGGCGACGCGGGGUUAGUUGUCUGCAGUACUUUGCGAUCGAAAGGAAAACUGAUGCAUAUGUAUACCUGUUUUUCAUAUCUGGUUAUAUGUGUAGACUACGUACACUAAUCGAGAUUGAUGAUACCC